CCAACCUCUGAUAUUCCCACCUGCAUCUUACACAAAGAUACAGAAAAAUGGGGUACUCUAGUAACCUUUUACUAUGCAUAUUCUCCACAGCAUUAAUCUUAGCUGCUCAUACCUCCAUAGCCCGGAAAGUCGGUUAUUAUCCCCCUAACCCUCACCAAGACUUCGUCGAUGAACACAACAGAGCUCGGGCAGCAGUUGGUGUCGGUCCGAUCAAAUGGAACGACACUGUAGCAGCCUAUGCUCAGCAGUAUGCCAAUACAAGAGUGAGAGGGUGUGACAUGGAGCACUCAGGAGGGCCUUAUGGUGAGAACUUGGCUGAAGGCUAUGGAGAAAUGACCGGUGCUCAAGCCGUGAAGUUUUGGGUGACUGAGAAACCCAACUAUAACUACGCCUCCAAUAAGUGUGUUGGUGAUGAAUGCGGACAUUAUACUCAGGUGGUUUGGCGCAACUCGAUUCAUCUUGGAUGUGCAAGGGUCAAGUGUGACAAUAAUUGGGUUUUUGUCAUCUGCAGCUAUGAUCCUCCUGGUAACUAUGAGGAUGAACGUCCAUACUAAAAGGAGAAUUUAAGUGAAACCAGUUUAUUGUUGCCGUGACGUCUCAAAUUACUAAUAUAUAUGGAAAACUCAAUAACUCAAGACGCAAGUGACGAUCGAUAAGCUCAUUCUAUAAAGUCACAACAAUUGGAAACAUUUGAUAAAGCUGAAAUUUAUCACGGCGGGCCCGAGCUUCAAACAAUUUUUAGAUGGUGAUGGUUAGAAUAUAUGUAUUAAUUAAUAAUAGUUGGGAAUCAUGUGAAUGAGGGCUUCACUUUUAUAAAACAUGUGAUGAACAAUAUUGAUUAUUUGUCGCAUUACUAUACAAUAUGGUCCACUUUCUAGCGGA